CUCUGCUUGGACUUAGUAUGGACAAUUUCCAAACUCUUUGUGACUGUUUGAAAGAUCAUGUUAAACAGACACCAUCUAGAAGUUUACGAAAAUCUACAGCCAUAUUUUUAUGCAAGUUGAAAUCUGGAUUAUCAAAUCAAAUACUGUCAACUUUAUUUCGUACUUCAAAAUCCAGUUUAAGAAGAGCAAUCAGUGCUGUUAGAAAUGCGAUGAUGACUUGUUUUGUCCCAUAUAAUCUUGGAUUUGAACACAUCACAAGAGAAGAUGUAAUCAACGACCACACUCGCCAUCUAGCCCAAACAUUGUUCGGCGACAUAGACAAGAGUCAGGCCAUACUGGUUUUAGAUGGAACCUAUAUAUACACCGCCAAGAGCAACAACUUCAGAUACCAACGCCGCUCUUACAGCAUCCACAAAGGAAGGUCGCUCAUCAAACCCAUGGUAAUCGUGACAACCACAGGCUAUUUUGUCUCGAUUCAAGGACCAUACCUAGCAGACCAUAAAAACAACGAUGCGUCAAUCCUUGAACAUAUCAUGAAAACAAAUGCAGAGGACAUCAAGAAUUGGCUAAGUGAAGACGACAUUUUCAUCGUUGACAGAGGAUUUAGAGAUGCUUUGCCCCUGCUUGAAGAUUUAGGCAUUCAAGCAGAAAUGCCUCGAUUUUUAGAGAAGGGACAAAAACAGAUGAGCACUAGUGAUGCCAAUAAGAGCAGACUUGUUACAAAGAUAAGAUGGGUAGUUGAGUCAUCCAAUGCCAGAAUCAAAAGGUGGCGAUAUUUGGACCGUACCCUCCCUACAAAUCAGAUCCCUUUCGUUGGAGAUUAUGUCAGAAUUGUAUGCGCCCUGUCAAAUAAGUUCUUCCCACCUCUGAGCAAAAGUCACAGUAUAGAGGAAGACGAGGCAGACGCAGCUAAAAUGCUUUAUCUGUCUAAACAGGUAAAUAAUCUCCAACGAUUGGUUGAAGAUAAUGGUCUAAACAGAAGGCCAACUCAGUGGCAGCCAGUCCCCGAGUGUGGAAUAGAGAACUUCCCCACCCUGGACGAGGAGCAGUUACGGAACUUGACUUGCGGGACCUAUCAACUGAAGCUUUCUCGCAGCUAUAUCCAAGAGCAUAUUGAUGGGGACUGUGACAUUUGGUUCCAUAAGGAUAAUGACAGGCUACUGCGGGUAAAGAUUCAGAGUCGCCACGGCAUCAUCAAAACAGUACUUGCGGCCAUCAUUUGGUACCUGUCAAAAGGAAGACAUGAGGACGGGAAGUACGGUGUGCGUGAUUGGGGUGAGCAUGUUCUUGAUGCAGCAGACAUUCCACCUCCCGUUGAUGAGUCUGACAGUGAUGCGAGCAGUUGUGACAGUGUACCCGAGGAAUGA